AUGUCUGAACAAGAAUUCGUUGAAGAACAACCUCAAGAAGUUGUCCAAGAGGAAUUGCAAUUAGUUGAAUUAGCUACCGCUAUCCCAGCUGAUGUCCAAGCUGCUCAACAAGAAAUCAAGUUGUUCAACAAGUGGUCUUUUGAAGAUGUUGAAAUCAAGGAUGUAUCUUUAGUUGAUUACAUUCAAAUUAGACAACCUAUCUUUGUCUCUCACACUGCCGGCAGAUACGCCUCCAAGAGAUUCAGAAAGGCUCAAUGUCCUAUUGUUGAAAGAUUGACCAACUCUUUGAUGAUGAAUGGUAGAAACAACGGUAAGAAGUUGAAGGCUGUUAGAAUUGUCAAGCACGCUUUGGAAAUUGUCCACGUUUUAACUGAACAAAACCCUGUCCAAGUUGUUGUUGACGCUAUUGUCAACUCUGGUCCAAGAGAAGACUCCACCAGAAUCGGUUCUUCUGGUACCGUUAGAAGACAAGCCGUUGAUGUUUCUCCCUUAAGAAGAGUUAACCAAGCUAUUGCCUUGUUGACCAUUGGUGCUAGAGAAGCUUCUUUCAGAAACAUCAAGACUAUUGCUGAAUGUUUGGCUGAAGAAUUGAUCAAUGCUGCUAAGGGUUCUUCUACUUCUUAUGCCAUCAAGAAGAAGGAUGAAUUAGAAAGAGUUGCUAAGUCUAACCGUUAA